AUGUCAUCGAAAGAUGAAGGUUUCGAUGCCAAUUUAUUUAUAAAUUUCUUUGUAGGUGCUGUCGGACCUCCUGGAGAACCUGGUUCUCCUGGUCCUUCGGGUUCCCCUGGUUCUCCGGGUCCUACUGGUACACCAGGUGUGACCGGAGCUCCUGGCCUCAGAGGAGACGUCGGACCAACUGGAGCACCCGGAGCUAUUGGUUCUACUGGGGCUCCCGGACCUACAGGUGACCCAGGGCCUACAGGUGCUCCCAGACCUCCAGGUGAUCCUGGGCCUACAGGCACUCCUGGAGUUACGGGUGACCCCGGACCUACAGGUGCUCCCGGACCUACAGGUGCUCCCGGGCCCACAGGCGCUCCCGGACCUAUAGGCGAUCCCGGACCUAUAGGCGCUCCCGGACCUACAGGCGCUCCCGGACCUACAGGCGCUCCCGGGGCUACUGGUACUCCCAGACCAACAGGUGCUCCCGGACCAACAGGCGCUCCCGGACCUACAGGUGCUCCUGAACCUACUGGCGAUCCUGGACCUACAGGCGUUCCCGGACCUACUGGUGCUCCCGGACCGGCAGGCACUCCCGGAAAUGCAAACUAUCCUGGUCCUGGCGGUCGUCGCAGGCGCCAUAGACCUUAA